CACCCUGCAACGGGACUGUGUUUUUCACAGAAUUGUUUUCCGCGUUUUCCCGCAAAAACUACGCUCUUUGACGGUGAUUUUUCGCCUCAGAGGGCCGCAUCUAUCAACCCCACUCUUCGGCUGGCCACUCAUCUACUCACACCUAAAGACGAAUUAUGUAGUUUUUCCACUUGGUGUACAGUCAGUUUGUUCCUGUCUUGCUUGAUAGAGGAAAGGAGCCCAAUGUGGGUGGAAGUGAGAUGGCAUCCAGGGAAAAGAAACCCUUAGCGCCUUCCAAAGCAAAACAGAAGGCGAAUAAUGAUUGUGGUUUGUCAUCGAAUGAAAUUAAGAAUAGAAAAGGCAAGUCUUUGUCAAAUCUGAAACAACAGCAAAUUGCAAGAAAUAUUUUGGAAGCUGUAGCAACCGGAAGUCAGCUUCCUCCGAAAUUGGAAGCAAGUCUACCGCGUAAGAAGGUUCUUAGGAAUCUUAAACGUAAACAAAAAUUAAGAGUAGCAAAGGCGAAUCUCAUCAAGUCUAAAGUUACAAGGAAAGUAACAAAUAGAAAUUUGUGUAGAAUAACUUCUGACAUCAAGAAAGGUGUGAGGACUAAAAGAGUUAAAUUGUCUGAGGUAAACAGUGUUAAGACAUCAGAUAUUAACUCGAGAACUUUAGAAAAUCAUUUAGACACGGAAGGUGAACGUAUAGGGACAGAAACUACCAACAGAAGUGCCAAGAACAAUCUCAGGACCAAAAAGACCAAGUUUGUACCAAAAAAUAGUGGAGAAGUCGAAAACGAGGAUACUCAAGAUAAAGAUACAGAUUCAGCCGCUGGAUCCAGUACUAAAAACAGUCCAAAACUUAACAGAAAAGGAAAAAGCUCUGAGAGUCCAGAUUCUUUAUCUAAAAGUGCUAAGGCAACAAAGCUUUCUGGAUUAAAAAAAAACAAUAUCAAAGAGAAAGAUAACUGUAUAAAAAAUAUAGAAGGUGAUAUCAAGUGUACAAAGGGAAGGAAAAAUAAUAGUAAGGAUACAGAUUACAAUAGCACAAGGACAUCUAUACCUGACACAAAAUUUCCAAAUUCGAUCUUGGAUAGUAAAAGUUCUAUAGAUCUUACUAUAGACGAAGUUAUAGCUUCAAUGUUGAGCGAUUCAGAAAUAGAUAGUCAACAGGGGAGCAUAGAAAAAACUGAGGGCAAACUUACCAGGAGUAGGAAAAUGCUGGUAGAGGAAAAUCUACUUUCAGAUAUUGAAAUUAAAAAGGAACCGGACAAUGAAGAGAUCAAAAUUACGUCUGAUGGAGAGAACUUAGAAGCAGAAUCCUUUCAAGGUGCAAUACAAUUAAGAAAAAGAUUGAACACUUCGGGUGGCCAAAGAAGUUUAAGAAAUGGGAAGCUACGACAGUCAGAUUCCGGUGUCUCCGCUGAUUUGGAACUGAAGAAACGUAAAAGAUUAAAUUCCGAUGACCCUGUUAGUUUAGAAGUUUCGGCAGAUAAUAUUACAAAUGGUAAUAUAGAUACGGAAUCUUGUUUUUCUGAAUCUAGCGGUAAUGAUUCGCAAACGGUUAUAAUAAUAACCAAAGGUGAAUCCUCUCCAAAGCAAGAAACAUUAAAGAGUUUUGAAGAAAAUUCACUAACCGAAGCAGAAAUAGAGAACAAUAAUAACGGUGAUCGAUCGGACAGGGCCAAUGAAGUGGGGCCCACUCUGCGCUCAAAAACAAAAGCGAAAAGUACAGAAAUUGAAAUAAAGAAUGACAAUAUAAAAAUUGAAUAUUCGAGAAUAAUACCUAAGGUUGCAGAAAUACAGGAAGAAUUAAAGAAAUCCGGCAGUUUAGAUCAAGUUAGAAAGGAUAAUAUUUUAGCAAAAUUUUCUGAUAAAUCGAGUAGAAGGAGUAGUUUAAACAUAGACAUGAAGAAGACAGUAAAUUCAUUUUAUAGUACAGAAAAAUCUGAUGGUAAUCAAAAAUCUCAGAUAGAUCAAAUGAUAGAAAAUAUAAAACUUACAAUUGCAAAGUCUAUUGAAAGAAAAAUCUUUGGGCCGGAAACGAGUCACAGAUUGAACAAAAAUUUUGAAGUACCAAAAAUUGAGGAAAUAAUUGCGCCGUUAAGUGCAGAGUCCCAAAAAUUAGGAUUAGAGGAGAACACAGACGAGGAUAAGUCCACCAUUUCUAAGAAUGAGAUCAAAUCGGACAGUUCAGAAAAUUCAGUACCAAAAGUGGCUGAUACUGCCAAAGAAAUUGAAAAACUAGUCAUGGGUGAUAUUGAAACAGCAGAGACACAUUCACAAAAUACACCAGAAAACGAAUCUUCUGACAUUGAUGCAAGUAGUAAUGCGCAUAACGUGUCGGAGGUUUUGCAUGUUACAGAAAACAGCGAAGAUGAAAUAAUACUUCAGCUGGAAGAGUCACGUGAAAACUCUGAUGUAACCGAAGAAUCUGUAAAGAGUAUAGAGGAACCAAUAGACGAACAAGUAAAGGUAUUGGAUGAUGGUAAAAAAGUAGUCUCUACUAGAAAAUCGUCGAGAAUAACUGCUGAUAAGAGUUCUUCUGAAAGUGCAAACAAUGAAUCUGCCAAAAAAUUAAAUAAAGUAACAAAUAAAACGGUUCAGCCACUUGAAAGCUGUGAAUCUCAUACGGCCGAUGUAAAUAAAUCUGCUUCCGAGGAACCAAUUUCACCCAAUGAUUCACUUGAAAAUAAAUCUACAAAAGCAACAACCGAUACAACUGAUGUAACUGCUAAAGAUGAAGAUUCUGUAAAUGUUACUACGAUAUCCGAAGAUGUAGAGACUCUGGAGAGUAUUUCUAAAGAAGUAGAGAAAUUAAUAACAAGCGAUCAGUCUGACUUAGAAACAGAUAAAAAAGAUGUAGAAAAGAAGCAAGAAUCAGAGUCCUCUUCAUCUUCGAGUAGUCCCAAUCAAUUAACAGUAGAUAUUGAUAAGCAAGAAAUAACUGUUACAAAAACAGAUGAUCCAGAGGUGUCUGAUAGACUGGACAAAGAUAAGAUAGCAGAGAAUAUUAAAGAAGUUGAAACUGAUGAAAGUUCAGAAGAGGUACGGAAUUCGCAAAGUAUAAGUCCCAAUCCUGCUGAUGACAAUGACAAAUACAAGCACGUUGCUACUACCGAUGAUGUUCAAUUAGCUGAUGCUCCUCGCGACGCUGAAGAAACGAAAAGGGCUUCGUCUAUGAUCAGCAGCUCGGAGGACGGUGAAACAAUUGUAACUAAGGAAGAAACCGAAAAGUCCGACAGUCCUAUAGUGGAACAAAAGUCUUCCUUCGGGGACGAUAAGAGAAGAGUGUUAAGGGCUCGGGACAAAACUAAAAAGUCAGAGAAAGGACAGCUGUUGUCGUCUGGCAGAGAAAGUGUUGAUAUCAGCACGAAGAUGCAAGUAGUGGAGGAGAAUGCUCAAAAGAUGCAACAUUCCUGCAACGAUCCGGAGGAGGAUACAACCGCGGAGAAAACAGACUCUACGGUAAACACAGACGAGACGGACGAUGUUCAGAACAUCACCGAAUCGGAUGCGAACGAUGCGGACCGUCAAGCUCGUACUAGACGCAGCAGAGAGUUUCGAAAACGAAGGGAGGAUCAGCUGGUCGCUAUGAGAAACAAACGACCUAGGCGGGAAGUUCGUAAAUCUGAUCAGCAAAACAAAGAGGAGACCUUACUGGACAACGAGGUAGCCAAGAUCAACGCGAACAACAGAUCCUAUUUGAAUACAAAAUUUCGAGGUUUUUCAGAGGGUGGUAGAGGUAGUUUAGAGCAGCAUAAAGGGAAGAAGGAUGAUACGAGAAGUAAAUCAGAAAAUGAUCUGACCAUUGCCAAGGUGCCUGGGAAAGCAACCUGUGAGAACAGGCUCUCUCGAAAUUUAUCAGAGAACCAGAUGACCAAACAGUCGGACAUAAUGGAUAACGAUUGCAAACCAGUGAAAACACCGGAAACAUUGCAGAAAGAUUCGGACGAGACGUCCACGUCCGGCGAAUCAUCGAGCAGCGUCAACAUUAAUUCAAAGAUUCUAGAAACGCCUGAGGACAAAGCGAAGAAAGAGUCGAUUUUAAGACUGCUCGGGCUGGAGUCUUUGGAGAAGGCUGCCGAGAGGCUGAAUCAUCAGAAGGCGAAGAAAGAACAGUACACUGGUACUCUGAAGACUGUGAUUCAAGUUCAGAAGGAGAAGGAGAAGGAUAAGAGACGAUCAAGAUCGCCGCUGAAAAUGGUAUUGAAACAAGGUCGCGGGGACGGAGAAGGCGAUUCACCUGAAAACUUCUACACUAUUCAGAAGAAGUUUGGACCCAGUUGGGGAGAUAGCAGCUCUGGUGCGAACCGAAAGUUCUCUACUAACCACAGACACUCUUGCGACGAAGACAAUGAAGACACCGCACCGAAGGAUCGUCAGUCCCUUGUUAUUCCAGAAAAAUCCUCGUCCUUCUCUAUUCAUCCGGGACGCCUUUGCGCGGACGUGUGCUGCUACUGUUUCGGAAAAUUCGGUUCCCUGGACACGCCGAUGCAUCUGGCCCAAAUGAAAUCGGACGAGAGACGCAAGAAGAUCUUGAACAUCGAACGACAUCUCACCAAGGAUUCGUGCUUAUGCGACGCUUGUUAUCGUCAUGUAGAUAGAAAGGCAAACACAAGUCCAACGAACAUGCAGACCAAGUCACAGAAACAUCAUCGACAACUGAUGGUGUCGAAAUGCUCGGCACGCGAGUGCAGGGAUCCUGCUCGACACCACGUGAAACGUCGAUGGUUGCUUAAGAUAAAAGCUGGUCUUCAUAAGCAGGUGGACAUUGAUUGGGAAUCGAGUCAACACACGUCCAUGUCGUUCUGCGUCGGACAUUAUUCGAAGAUCGAGCGAUUCUUAACUUGCGCGCUUUGCAAGCGUCGUUUGGCGAGAAAUCACACUCAUCAGUUGGCGAACGCGGAGACCGAUGAAUUGAAUCAGUUGCUUGGCCAGCAAAAUAUUCCCGUGGUGCUAGCUGCCGGUACUUUCGUUUGCAAGUUGUGCCGUUACUUCACGCAAUUGCAGUUAAAGUACAAAGAUGUGGAGAACAUGAAUACGAAUCACAGAUCGUUUUUCAAGAGCUACCGGAAAAGAAUCCUGCACUACCACGAUAUCGAGGUGCUGGAGAACGAGGACGACGAUUCGUCCCAAAAUCAAUCGAAAGACAAGGAGAAACGGAAGAAGGCCAAGUGUCCGACCCAGGCGAAGAGCGGAACUUCCAAGUCUCCGGAUGGGACGACGAACUCGCCGCCGGAGAAGUCUGCUUCAGAGCCGAACAAAAGCGAGGGAACUAAUUCCGAGACAGACAACGAAAAUCGUACCGCGAAAGCAACUUCGAACGACGAAACUGCCGUCACGGACGUACAGUACCUCGGUCUUGAGAGUACGGUGGAGAAGCUGAAGAAACGAAAGUUGCUCGAUACGCAGCCGUAUACCUCAAACGCAACGAUAUCUUGUGAUAGCCCGAACGAGGUUGUGGAAAUCCUCGCAAUGGACAAAGAGGUGACUUUGACGAGAUUGCCAAAGAGACAAAGGACGAAUAACGAUAUCACACCUGUGGUCCAAAGACUCGGUGCUAAUCCAUCCAUAAGCGUACGUACCCUGUUCCCCGGCGAAGAGGAGAUGAACCUGCACGCUAAUAUCGAGUUCACUAAUGUACGCGAGAUAACGCCUCAGGGUUGGGAGAAGUGCGCUACCAUGAUACAGUACGACAGGGACACGAAGUUACUCUGGCAAGAAUUGCAAAGACCAUACGGAAACCAGAGCUCUUUCCUUAGACACCUAAUACUUUUAGAGAAAUAUUAUAGAUCCGGUGACUUGGUAUUAGCCCCGAACGCCUCUAGAAACGCGAUUAAUUAUUCAACCUCCGUGCAGAAUCGAUUGAUCUCGUACGAAGGUCCCGAAAAAAUGGACGAGCCGAUAAUGGAGCCGAUCGCAACGGAGUAUCACAAUUCGCGUCGCUUAAGCGGCGGCUACGUACUCGAGAGGGACAGACAAUCUUUGCAGAGUACGAACACAACGAAAGGUUCAUCGAGCACGGGGCAACCGGCGAAAGGUAGUCCUUCGCACGUCGUCAAAUUAAAUCCAGGUGUGUCAAUUAUCAAGAAACCACCCCCUAACUUGCAACGAUUGAAUUUGCCGUCUACCAGCAGCACCACCACCGCGACAACCACGACGAACGGUAACGUGAAGCGAAAGGAUGGUCAGAAGCAGCCAGCCUCGACCGGUGGGAAGGUAUUUCAAUUGAGCGAACCCGAGUUCAAGCGGUUACAGAAUCUGAAGAAGCAGAAACAGAUGCUGGCGGAUAAGCAGGCUAUGAGCCCCGGUAGUUCGAGCUCUCCGCCGAACAUCAAGCCUAACACGCAGUACCAAAAAACGCAGAUCGUCGCGCACACUCAAUUCCAGAAGCACCUGAAGAUGCAACAGGAAAUGUUGAACCGUCAGAGCAGGGGUGACUUCGAGCCGUUGAUCUGCGAUGUUCGCUCGCUAGCGAACGAGAAUAGCCCGACCCAAAAUUUGUUGCACAAUCUGAACCUGCCAAAGUCGAUACAGGUGACCACGAAGAUGACCAACCAUAUUCCGAUAUUGCCAAAAAUUCCGAAGUCGUUGACGGUAAUACCGCAGACGGUCACCAAACCUGCCGAUAAAUGAAUGGCGAACAGAGGAACAGUGUAAGUAAAAUAGAUAUUAAUUCUUUAGAACGAAGUAAAAAACUAGAACGUAUACGAGGGUGAUGAUUGUAUUUGUAUCUGAUUAGCGAGAAAGAGAGCGAGGAAUGUGUGGCUGAUUAGUGGGGGCAUGUUAACGAAAAUCAACGCUUCGUGAGGUGAAAGAAAAGGAAUGAUCGAUUUUACGUUUUGUCUCUACAAAGUUCGCAACGCUCACUGAUAAAAAGCGACGAAAACUCUGCCUUAUAUAGACGAGCGUGCUCGAAGGGCUGCGCUGUUGAAACCGAUUGUACGACGGUGCGUGAAGCGAAUCGUAAUCGCACUCGCGCCUACGUACGUAGAUAGUAUAAAUGUUUCGCUGAACGAACGAUAGCCAAGAAACGAAUAGAAGAGGAGAAACAAAAAAUACUAACGAUUAAAAAACUACACAACCAAAGCAUCAGCGUGAACACAGGAAGAAAAAUGAAAUACCGUUGGGAGAAAUUUGUUUCCGAGGAAAAGUGCCUAAAGUGUGAUGCAAAUGAAGUCGUGUUAGUUUUUAAUGACAGAGAGAAUAUAUACAUGUUGAAAGGACUUGAAACACACUAAAAGAAAAAAGAAAAAAACCAUAUAGUUAAGUAUAUAUAGAUGUAUACGUACAGGAAAGAAAAAAAAAAAAUAAUAAUAAAAUAAAACGAACGGGUUGUUCGUUGCACGACUUAAAAAAAAAAGGGGUUUGAACGAAGAGGAUAAAGAAAGAUGACUAAAAACACCGCUUCGCGCCCCUUUGUUUCUUCCUUCGUGUCGAGGAAAAGACGUCGCGACUGAGAAGGAUCGUUUCUCUUCGGAUUCCAUGAGGAAAUGAUUGCCUUGUUGUUGCUAAUCACACGGUCCACCGUUAGACAUAUCUAAUCUAAUUUGCGUUCUUCGAGAUCCAGAGGGAUGAUCGCGCGCGAGUAGUCGCAUCGAAGAACGAUUUCAAAUCGGUAGUUCGUUCCUUUUUCCGCAUCACGAGGGAAAUGUCGAACCGUGUGUAUCCGCCUUGCACGCUUGGCUUUGCUCGUUCGAGAAGGUGUGGGAGAAACGUAAAGGGAUAAAGAGUAAAUCAGAACGUGGCGGGAAGAUUUGUCUUCCUACACCUUCUCUGAAACGAGAGAAACCGUGGCAUCGCGCAUCGCGUGGCGCGGUACAGAUUUCGUUACGAUUUCUCCUGUACGCCAGCAGCAAUGUUUUUUUUUUUUUUUUUACCUAUCUAAGGAUAUGUGUUCUAGAGGAGGAGACACGAGAAACGGAUGGAAGGAAUGGUCUUUCGUAGCCGUUUAAAAGUAUCGAGGUACAUACACACAGGCCGGAGAUCAAUUGUACAUUAGAAAUUAUAUAUUUUGGCCUGCUCGUUAGAAAAGAGCAUAAUGACGAGAUGUAAUUAAUUCUAUCGACGGGCGAUUGUUCAGUGAGAAAGCUGUGUUAUCGUGUGAAUUGGUAAAUACAUUCUUUACGAGUAAA